ACUUCUUUUAGUUUUAACCAAGUUUUGAUCUAAUUAAAUUAAUUAUAAAAUAUUGAUCAUAUUAUGAAUCAUGUUUUCUAGAUGGAAAGACAACUUUGUAUCCUUGCAAAGUGAGUAAAUCUGGAAAGAAAACCUCCACCAAAGAUGACGACGGUCUCCGCUGUGCGUACGGUUGUGGAAAGGCUUGAUUAUUUACUUUUGGCUGAUGAUGGAGUUCCGGCGAGAUAUGCAGGAGAUUUGAGGGCUGGAAUUGUACAGCUCCGGUUAGAUCUCAGUGCAAUAGAAGAAUUCUUAAUCGAGGCAGAUGGAAGUAAAAAUAUCAUUAAUGGGGACUUGAGGAAACGAGUAACGCACCUAGCUUAUGAGAUCGAGGAUGCUGUAGAAUGUUACGCCCGACAGGAGGCUACAGGGAAAUCAUCAGGUGGUCUGAUCAUCAGUUACCUUCUCGAGUAUUGCUUCACGGGCAGGAGCCUCCAUAAGGAUCUUUACAUCUUCAGGAGCAGAAUCGAUCAGCUCAAACAUUUCAUGGACGCCGUCAAUCCAGUAGCAAGAGCUGGUGCAAGACAAAUAUCCAGCAGCAGUAAUUUGGAUGAGCAAGAACAAGUAAUUGGUGCAAAUAUUGAUCAUUCGCCGCCUGUCCUCAUCGGGAUGGAGGAAAAUAAAGAGAGGUUGAGGUCGUAUUUGCUGGGAGGAGGAAAACCUGAGUUGUCAGUGAUUGCAAUACGGGGUAUGGGAGGUAUCGGGAAGACGACUCUGGCAAAAUUGUUGUACAAUGACCCUUUGCUGGUGAAACAUUUUGACAACCGUGCUUGGGCUGCAAUAGGGCAGGACUUUCAGGCCAGAGAUAUUCUGGAGACUAUGUUGCUCUCUCUUGCUUCGGGCCUGCGGAGUAAGAAUGAGAUCGCAGAGAUGGAAACCAUGGAGUUGAUGGAGCAGCUUUACCAAGCCCAAAAGGGCAGGAGAUACCUUAUUGUUUUGGAUGAUCUCUGGUCUGAGGAGGCCUGGGACAACUUGCGGUUUGCCUUCCCGGAUGACUGUAAUGGAAGCAGAAUUCUGAUCACAACCUGGUCGAUAAGAGUGGCAGCAAUAGCCACAGAUGUACUGGAGGUGCGCCCGUUGGGCAUGGCAGAGAGUUGGCAACUGUUCGAAAUCAAAUCUGGACUGAAUGACCCAGACAUUGAGUACAUUGCAGCUGAUAAGAUGGAGGUGAUUGGGAAGGAAAUAGUCCGACAUUGCGCAGGCGUCCCAUUAGCUAUAGCUGUGAUCGGUGGUAUCUUGAGGGCGAAGAAUUUGGAAUACUGGGAUCUGAUACUGCACAGACUGCAGCAAGACUUUCAAAACCUGCACCAAGACUUUCAACGUACUGUUAAGUCGGUAUUGCAUACUAUAAUUUUGAGCUACAAAGAAUUACCAUUUCAUUUGAAGCCGUGUUUUAUUUACUUGGGACAUUUCCCACCGGAUCAGGCUAUAUCAGUCGAAAUAUUGUACUUAUUGUGGAUGGCUGAAGGGCUGAUAUCAGCGGGAGAUGAAAGUGGUAAAGCAAGAAUUGAAGUUGCUGAAGAUUAUUUUAACGAAUUGGUGAAUAGAAGCUUGGUGAUAGUGGAGGAACAGGAGCAGGCGUCAUCCUCGAGAAGGUUCAAAUCAUGCCAGGUUCAUGAUCUAAUACGUGAUCUCUGUGAAUGGAAAGGCACACGAGAAGAGUUUUUUCAGGUUAUUGAUUUUGGACCUGGAAAUAAAAAGAGCUCCUCAACACACAGAGUUGCCAUAUAUUUGAACAAGUUUGAAGAUAGAAACGACUUUUCUGUAAACGUUCCUGAGGCCAAGCAUAUUAGAGCUAUUCUUUUCUUUGAUACAGAAAAAUCUCUGCCUAGAUCAACCUGGCCUAGAGAGUUUUCUGACCUUAAGGGGUUCCAAUGGACAAGAGUUUUGAACUUUGAUGGAGUUGAUUUUCGAGUUAGAAAGCUUCCAAGAGGUAUAGAGAAACUAGUUUACUUGAGGUACCUAGGUUUCCAAGGAUGCUAUCUCCUGGAGUUUCCAUCUGCUUUAAGCAACUUUCCGUUCUUGGAAACGUUGGACUUACGUGUAAGAGUUUCCUGUGUAAUGACUAUACCGAAUGUCCUGAGGAAGCUAUCAAGAUUGAGGCAUCUAUACUUUCCUUCAGCAUUUCAAAGUGAUACUAAAGAUAAGUUGAAGCUGGACAGUUUGAAAAAGCUUGAAAUACUUGAAAACUUCAAUGCUAGCAUAUGUGAUGCGGAUGAUCUCCUACAGCUUGAAAACCUUCAAAUUCUGACAGGGAUUGUGGAUGGGCACAAUGUGGACUUAAAGAACACUAUCAGCACUUUGAAUAGAGUUAAAUUAUUAGGCCGGUCGUCAAUUGUGGUGAAAAACUUCGAUUCUUACUCGGUGGCAAGGCUCUCUAUUGUGGCAGCAUUGCUAGAGUGUAACGCGCUUAAUGCUUUGGACAUAGAGGGAUACAUUGGUGAGUUACCACUUCAUCGGGAGAUUGGUUCAAAUUUCACUGAGCUGGUGUUUAAUGGAUCUGAAUUCAAACAAGACCCAAUGCCAGUGCUAGGGAAGCUUCCCAAUCUCAGGAGCCUUGUCCUGUGCAAUGAUGCAUUUGUAGGAAAGCAAAUGGUGUGUUGUGAGCUAAAUUUCCCCCAACUCAGACGUCUUAAACUGGUAACGCUGCAUUUGAUAGAGGAGUUGGAGAUGCAGACAGGAGCCUUGGCAAGGCUUACUAUUUUGACAAUCGAGCAGUGUGAUAGAUUGGAAACGAUCCCUUAUAAACUGGCAGGAAUACCAACUCUCACGACAUUGAUGAUCGGAUCAAUGCCAGAAGGAUUCCAGAACGGAGUUAAUAAACUCAUCGAGGAAACGAGGGAAUUAGCCAACGAUGAGCUGACCGUCACGUUCUACGAUUGUUGAUUCCACCUCCCUCUUGGGGGGAUGAUUGAAGGAGGCAAUGAGGUACUUCUCUAUAGCCGUUAUUUUCAUUUCCAGAUAUUUUCUUGUUUCUCCGAGAAAAAACAUCAACAGUUUGAAACAAAUCCUCUUCUUCAUGAUCAUGGAAUGUAUGUACGCAUUGAGAUAUAUAGCAUGAACCAAAGUUACAAUGAUAGUUAAACUUGUCCGCUGUUGAAAAAUCAUAA